CAAAGAAGUCGAGACAAGUUGUCAGACAAUCGUGGCUCAAUGUGUACAAAACUAAAAGUAUAGGGGAGGAAAUCGAUGUCUUUAAAAAAUAUAUAUAUUAGAUACUCCCAAUAGACAUGACGGAAAUGUUUUCAAAUCUGUAUGGGCAAAAUGAAGCUCAGGGACCACCCGGAUCAUCGUCUUUGGGAUUCGGACCGGGAAAACCACCACCGCCUCUGCCGCCAAAUCAAGUCACAAUGGCGGCUCAGAUGCCACCUCAGCACGGGGAUGAGGGGCCUGCUCUACGGAAGCCGGGAGCAAUGAACGAACCUUUUUAUUUACUGCGAGAGCUACCAGUGGGCAAUGAGCUGACGGGCAACACCAACCUAAUCACCCAUUACAACCUGGAACACGCCUACAACAAGUUCUGUGGCAAGAAGGUUAAGGAGAAGCUCAGCAACUUCCUGCCAGAGUUACCAGGUAUGAUAGACUGUCCUGGCACCCAGGAUGGCAGUUCGUUGCGCUCUCUGAUAGAGAAGCCUCCAGUGUGUGGCAACUCCUUCAGCCCUCUGACCGGAGCCAGCCUCACCGGCUUCAGACUACACACCGGACCUCUACCAGAGCAGUACAGACUGAUGCACAUACAGCCCCCAAAGAAGAAGAGCAAAAACAAGCACAAACACCACCGACCACAAGAUCCCAUACCACAAGAAACCCCGUCAGACUCUGACCCCAAGAAGAAGAAGAAAAAGAGGGAUGACGACCCCGAUCGCAAGAAGAAAAAGAAGGACAAGAAAAAGAAGAAGAACCGCCACAGUCCGGACCACCCUGGCUUGGCUGGCUCUCAGCCCAACAGCAACAGCCUCCGAUAGACCAGACAGACACGGUGUGUGUGUGUGAGGAGCAGCGUGUGAGUGUGUUUGAAGAGAAUCCGGAACUGUUUGUGAGAAUGUAUGCAGAUACGAGAGAUUAUGCAUUUGUGAGAGAGGGAUACGCAAAUGUCUGUUUGUACAGUAUGUGAGUUUGUGAGAAAGUGUGUGGGUGGCAGAUUGGAUGUGAGCAUGGUAGAGUAAUGUUGUUACAGUAUGACAGACCGAAGGUCACUGAUGUUCUGACUGAGUACAGUGCCUUCGGAAAAGUAUUCAAACCCCUUGACCUUUUCCACAUUUUGUUAUGUUAGUCUUAUUCUAAAAGUGAUUAAAUUGUUUUUUCCCCUCAUCAAUCUACACACAAUACCCCAUAAUGACAAAGCAAAAACAGGUUUUUAGACAUUUUUGAUAAUUUACAGUACCAGUCAAAAGUUUGGACUAGAGGUCGACCGAUUAUGAUUUUUCAACGCUGAUAACGAUUUAUUGGAGGACCAAAAAAAAACUAUAGCGAUUAAUCGGCCAAUUUUUAAAUUUGUAUUUAUUUAUUUGUAAUAAUGACAAUUACAACAAUACUGAAUGAACACUUAUUUUAACUUAAUAUAGUACAUCAAUAAAAUCAAUUUAGCCUCAAAUAAUAUUUAGCCUCUCUAUACGAUUUGUAUUUCAUAUACCUUUGACUAUUGGAUGUUCUUAUAGGCACUUUAGUAUUGCCAGUGUAACAGUAUAGCUUCCGUCCCUCUCCUCGCUCCUACCUGGGCUCGAACUAGGAACACAUCAACAACAGCCACCCUCGAAGCAGCGUUAUCCAUGCAGAGCAAGGGGAACAACUACUCCAAGUCUCAGAGCGAGUGAUGUUUGAAACGCUAUUAGCGCACACCCCGCUAACUAGCAAGUCAUUUCACAUCGGUUACACCAGCCAAAUCUCGGGAGUUGAUAGGCUUGAAGUCAUAAACAGCGCAAUGCUUGAAGCAUUGCAAAGAGCUGCUGGCAAAAUGCAUGAAAUUGCUGUUUGAAUGAAUGCUUACGAGCCUGCUGGUGCCUACCAUCGCUCAGUCAGACUGCUCUAUCAAAUCAUAGACUUAUUUAUAACAUAAUAACACACAGAAAUACGAGCCUUAGGUCAUUAAUAUGGUCGAAUCCAGAAACUAUCAUCUCAAACAAAACAUUUAUUCUUUCAGUGAAAUACGGAACCGUUCCGUAUUUUAUCUAACGGGUGGCAUCCAUCAGUCUAAAUAUUCCUGUUACAUUGCACAACCUUCAAUGUUAUGUCAUAAUUACGUAAAAUUCUGGCAAAUUAGGCGGCCCAAACUGUUGCAUAUACACUGACUCUGCGUGUAAUGAACGCAAGAGAAGUGACACAAUUUUGCCUGCUAACCUGGAUUUCUUUUAACAAAAUAUGCAGGUUUAAAAAUAUAUACUUCUGUGUAUUGAUUUUUAGAAAGGCAUUGAUGUUUAUGGUUAGGUACAGUCGUGCAACGAUUGUGCUUUUUUCACAAAUGCGCUUUUGUUAAAUCAUCCCACGUUUGGCGAAGUUGGCUGUAUUUGUUAGGAAGAAAUAGUCUUCACACAGUUCUCAACGAGCCAGGCGGCCCAAACUGCUGCAUAUACCCUGACUCUGUUGCAAGAGAAGUGACGUAGAAAUUCAUGUUAGCAGGCAAUAUUCACUAAAUAUGCAGGUUUAAAAAUAUAUACUUGUGUAUUGAUUUUAAGAAAGGCAUUUAUGUUUAUGGUUAGGUAAACGUUGGAGCAACGACAGUCCUUUUUUUCACGAAUGUGCACCGCAUCGAUUAUAUGCAACACAGGACACGCUAGAUAAACUAGUAAUAUCAUCAACCAUGUGUAGUUAACUAGUGAUUAUGAUUGAUUGAUUUUUAUAAGAUGAGUUUAAUGCUAGCUAGCAACUUACCUUGGCUUCUUACUGCAUUCGCGUAACAGGCAGGCUCCUCGUGGAGUGCAAUGAGAGGCAGGUGGUUAGAGCGUUGGACUAGUUAACCGUAAGGUUGCAAGAUUGAAUCCUCGAGCUGACAAGGUAAAAAACAGUCGUUCUGCCCCUUAACAAGGCAGUUAACCCACCGUUCCUAGGCCGUCAUUGAAAAUAAAAAUGUGUUAUUAACCGACUUGUCUAGUUAAAUAAAGGUGUAAAAAAAUAUAUAUAUAUAUUAAUCCGCCAAAUCGGUGUACAAAAAUACCGAUUUCCAAUUGUUAUGAAAACUUGUAAUCGGCCAUUCCGAUUAAUCGGUCGACCACUAGUUUGGACACCUACUCAUUCAAGAGUUUUUCUUUAUUGCUACUGUUUUCUACAUUGUAGAAUAAUGGUGAAGACAUCAAAACUAUGAAAUAACACACAUGAAUAAUGUAUUAACCAAAAAAGUGUUACUACAUUUUGUAUUUGAUAUUUUUCAAAGUAGCCACCCUUUGCCUUGAUGACAGCUUUGUACACUCUUGACAUUCUCUCAACCAGCUUCACCUGGAAUGCUUUUCCAACCAUCUUGAAGGAGUUAAUUUAUAUGCUGAGCUCUAGUUGGCUGAUUUUCCUUCACUCUGUGGUCCAGCUCAUCCCAAACCAUCUCAAUUGAGUUAAGAUUGAGUGAUUGUUGAGGCCAGGUCAUCUGAUGCAACACUCCAUCACUCCUUUUUGGUCAAAUAGCCCUUAUACAGCAUUAUGCAGCCUGUGUUUUGGGUAAUUGUCCUGUUGAAAAAUAAACGAUAGUCCCACAAAGCGUAAACCAGAUGGGAUGGCGUAUCGCUGCAGAAUGCUGUGGUAGCCUUGCUGGUUAAGUGUGCCUUGAAUUGUAAAUAUAUCACGGACAGUGUCCCCAGAAAAGCACCAUCACACCACCUCCUCCAUGCUUCAUGUGGGAACCACGCAUCCAGAGAUCAUUCGUUCACCUACUGCGUCUCACGAAGACACAGCGGUUAGAACCAAAAAUCUCAAAUUUACACUCAUCAGACUAAAGGACAGAUUUUCACAGGUCUAAUGUCCAUUGUUUGUGUUUCUUGGCCCAAGCAAGUCUCUUCUUAUUGGUGUCCUUUUUUAGUAUUGGUUUCUUUGCAGCAAUUUGACCAUAAAGGCCUGAUUCACACAGUCUCCUCUGAAUAGUUGCUUUUGUGAUGUGUCUGUUACUUAAACUCUUAUUUGGGCUGCAAUUUCUGAGACUGGUAACUCUAAUGAACUUAUCUUCUGCAGCAGAGGUAACUCUUGGUCUUCCAUUCCUGUGGCGGUCCUCACGAGAGCCUGUUUCAUCAUAGCGCUUGAUGGUUUUUGAGACUGCACUUGAAGAAACCUUAGCGGUUUGAAAUGUUCCGGGUUACACUGACCUUCAUGUCUUAAAGUAAUGAUGGACUGCUGUUUUUUCUUUGUUUAUUUGAGCUAUUCUUGACAUAAUAGUGCUAUUUGGUAAAAGACCAAGUCCAUAUCUUCUGUACUCCACCCCUAACUUGUCACAAUACAACUGAUUGGCUCAAACGAAGGAAAAUAAAUCCACAAAAUAACUUUGAACAAGGCACACCUGUUAAUUGAAAUGCAUUCCAGGUGACUACCUCAUGAAGCUGAUUGAGAGAACGCCAAAAGUGGACAAUUGCUCAGUUUGGCUGGGCGGCCAGCUCUAGGUUGUGUUGGUUCCAAACCUCUUCCUUUUAUUAAGGAUGGAGGGCACUGUGUAGUUGGGGACCUUCUGAUUGAUGAUGCAGACAUUUUUUUGGUACCCUUCACCAGAUCUAUUUUUUAAAUUUUACCUUUAUUUAACUAGGCAAGUUAAGAACAAUUUCUUAUUUUCAAUGACGGACUAGGAACAGUGGGUUAACUGCCUGUUCAGGGGCAGAACGACAGAUUUGUACCUUGUCAGCUCGGGGGGUUGAACUUGCAACCUUCCGGUUACUAGUCCAACGCUCUAACCACUAGGCUAACUGACAAUUCAUUAGAUCUCAUGGCUUGUUUUUUGCUCUGACAUGCACUGUCAACUAUAGACAGGUGUUUGCCUUUCCAAAUCAUGUCCAAUCAAUUCAAUUUACCACAGGUGGACUCCAGUCAAGUCAUUGAUCAUCCUUGAGCUGUUUCUAUGGAAACAGGAUGCACCUGAGCUCAAUUUCAAGUCUCAUAGCAUAGGUUCUGAAUACUUACUUGCAUAAGGUAUUUGUUUUUUUAUUUUAAAUACAUUUGCAAACAUAUCUAAAAACCUGUUUUCACAUCAUUAUGGGGUAUUGUGUGUAGAUUGCUGAGGAUUUUUUAUUUGAUUUAAUCCAUUUUAGAUUAAGGCUGUAACGCAACUUAAUGUGGAAAAACUCAAGGGGUCUGAAUACUUUCCGAAGGCACUGUAUAUGAUGAGUGUCCCUUUUUUCAUUUGUUUGGGAUAUUCUCUGACUACAAAUUCUAUUCCAAUAAACUUUUAUUAUUGUC